UCUCAGUGGCUGAGUUUUAUGACGGGCCCGGUGCUGAAGGGCAGGGAACAACUGAUGGUGCUACUCUGACCUGCUUUUCUUUUCUCCUUUUUGCACAAAGAGUCUCAUGUCUGAUAUUUAGACAUGAUGAGCUUUGUGCAAAAGGGGACCUGGUUACUUUUCGCUCUGCUUCAUCCCACUGUUAUUUUGGCACAGCAGGAAGCUGUUGACGGAGGAUGCUCCCAUCUCGGUCAGGCCUAUGCAGAUAGAGAUGUUUGGAAACCAGAACCGUGCCAAAUAUGCGUCUGCGACUCAGGAUCCGUUCUCUGUGAUGACAUAAUAUGUGACGACCAGGAAUUAGACUGUCCUAACCCUGAAAUCCCGUUUGGAGAAUGUUGUGCAGUUUGCCCACAGCCUCCAACAGCUCCCACUCGCCCUCCUAACGGUCAAGGACCUCAAGGCCCCAAGGGAGAUCCAGGUCCUCCUGGUAUUCCUGGGAGAAAUGGUGAUCCUGGUGUUCCAGGACUGCCAGGUUCCCCAGGUUCUCCCGGCCCUCCCGGAAUCUGUGAAUCAUGUCCUACUGGUAGCCAGAACUAUUCUCCACAGUACGAGGCAUAUGAUGUCAAGGCUGGAGUAGCAGGAGGAGGAAUCGCAGGCUAUCCUGGCCCAGCUGGUCCUCCUGGCCCACCAGGACCCCCUGGCACAUCUGGUCAUCCUGGUGCCCCUGGCUCUCCAGGAUACCAAGGUCCCCCUGGUGAACCUGGGCAAGCUGGUCCUGCAGGUCCUCCAGGACCUCCUGGUGCUAUAGGUCCAUCUGGCCCUGCUGGAAAAGAUGGGGAAUCAGGAAGACCCGGACGACCUGGAGAGCGAGGAUUGCCUGGCCCUCCUGGCAUGAAAGGCCCAGCUGGUAUGCCUGGAUUCCCUGGUAUGAAAGGACAUAGAGGCUUUGAUGGACGAAAUGGAGAAAAAGGCGAAACUGGUGCUCCUGGAUUAAAGGGGGAAAAUGGCCUUCCAGGUGAAAAUGGAGCUCCUGGACCCAUGGGUCCAAGAGGAGCUCCUGGUGAGAGAGGACGGCCAGGACUUCCUGGAGCCGCAGGGGCUCGAGGUAAUGAUGGAGCACGAGGAAGUGAUGGACAACCGGGUCCCCCUGGCCCCCCUGGAACUGCAGGAUUCCCUGGUUCCCCUGGUGCUAAGGGUGAAGUUGGACCUGCAGGAUCUCCUGGUUCAAGUGGCCCCCCUGGACAAAGAGGAGAACCUGGACCUCAGGGACAUGCUGGUGCUCCAGGUCCCCCUGGGCCUCCUGGGAGUAAUGGUAGUCCUGGUGGCAAAGGUGAAAUGGGCCCUGCUGGCAUUCCUGGAGCUCCUGGGCUGUUAGGAGCCCGCGGUCCUCCGGGGCCACCUGGUACCAAUGGUGCUCCCGGGCAACGAGGUGCUGCAGGUGAACCCGGUAAGAAUGGAGCCAAAGGAGAUCCAGGACCACGUGGGGAACGUGGAGAAGCUGGUUCUCCAGGUAUCCCAGGACCUAAGGGUGAAGAUGGCAAAGAUGGUUCUCCUGGAGAACCUGGUGCAAAUGGACUUCCUGGAGCUGCAGGAGAAAGGGGUGUGCCUGGAUUCCGAGGACCAGCUGGAGCAAAUGGCCUUCCAGGAGAAAAGGGUCCUCCUGGGGAUCGUGGUGGCCCAGGUCCCGCGGGGCCCAGAGGAGUUGCUGGAGAACCUGGCCGAGAUGGCCUCCCUGGAGGUCCAGGAUUGAGGGGUAUUCCCGGUAGCCCCGGAGGACCAGGCAGUGAUGGGAAACCAGGGCCUCCUGGAAGCCAAGGAGAAACGGGUCGACCCGGUCCUCCAGGUUCACCUGGUCCUCGGGGUCAGCCUGGCGUCAUGGGUUUCCCUGGUCCUAAAGGAAAUGAUGGUGCUCCUGGAAAAAAUGGAGAACGAGGUGGCCCUGGAGGUCCAGGCCCUCAGGGUCCUGCUGGAAAGAAUGGUGAGACCGGACCUCAGGGUCCUCCAGGACCUACUGGGCCUUCUGGUGACAAAGGAGACACAGGACCCCCUGGUCCACAAGGAUUACAAGGCUUGCCUGGAACAAGUGGUCCUCCAGGAGAAAACGGAAAACCUGGUGAACCUGGUCCAAAGGGUGAGGCUGGUGCACCUGGAAUUCCAGGAGGCAAGGGUGAUUCUGGUGCUCCUGGGGAACGCGGACCUCCUGGGGCAGGAGGGCCCCCUGGACCUAGAGGUGGAGCUGGUCCCCCUGGUCCCGAAGGAGGAAAGGGUGCCGCUGGCCCCCCUGGGCCACCUGGCUCUGCUGGUACACCUGGACUGCAAGGAAUGCCUGGAGAAAGAGGGGGUCCUGGAGGCCCUGGUCCAAAGGGUGACAAGGGUGACCCUGGCAGUUCAGGUGCCGAUGGUGCUCCAGGCAAAGAUGGUCCAAGGGGUCCCACUGGUCCCAUUGGUCCUCCUGGCCCAGCUGGUCAGCCUGGAGAUAAGGGUGAAAGUGGUGCCCCUGGACUUCCGGGUAUAGCUGGUCCUCGUGGUGGCCCUGGUGAGAGAGGCGAACAUGGGCCACCAGGACCUGCCGGCUUCCCUGGUACUCCUGGCCAGAACGGUGAGCCUGGUGCUAAAGGAGAAAGAGGCGCUCCUGGUGAGAAAGGCGAAGGGGGCCCUCCUGGAGUCGCAGGACCCCCUGGAGGUUCUGGGCCUGCUGGUCCCCCGGGCCCCCCAGGUGUCAAAGGUGAACGUGGCAGUCCUGGUGGUCCUGGUGCUGCUGGCUUCCCAGGUGGUCGUGGUCCUCCUGGUCCUCCUGGCAGUAAUGGUAACCCAGGCCCCCCUGGCGCCAGCGGUCCUCCCGGCAAAGAUGGUCCCCCAGGCCCCCCUGGUAGCAGCGGUGCUCCUGGCAGCCCCGGGAUCUCUGGACCAAAGGGUGAUGCUGGCCAACCAGGGGAGAAGGGGGCACCUGGCGCCCAGGGCCCUCCGGGAGCUCCGGGCCCACUUGGAAUUGCAGGAGUUACUGGAGCACGAGGCCUUGCAGGCCCACCAGGCAUGCCAGGUGCUAGGGGCAGCCCCGGCCCACAGGGCAUCAAGGGUGAAAAUGGUAAACCAGGACCUAGUGGUCAAAAUGGAGAACGUGGUCCUCCUGGCCCCCAGGGUCUUCCUGGUCUGGCUGGGACAGCUGGUGAACCUGGAAGAGAUGGAAACCCUGGAUCAGAUGGUCUGCCAGGCCGAGAUGGAGCUCCAGGUACCAAGGGCGACCGUGGUGAAAACGGCUCUCCUGGUGCCCCUGGAGCUCCUGGUCACCCAGGCCCUCCUGGUCCUGUCGGUCCAGCUGGAAAGAACGGUGACAGAGGAGAAACUGGCCCUGCUGGUCCCGCUGGAGCCCCAGGCCCUGCCGGAUCAAGAGGCGCUCCCGGUCCCCAAGGCCCACGUGGUGACAAAGGUGAAACCGGUGAACGUGGUGCUAACGGCAUCAAAGGACAUCGCGGAUUCCCUGGUAACCCAGGAGCCCCCGGAUCUCCAGGUCCCGCCGGUCACCAAGGUGCAGUUGGCAGUCCAGGCCCUGCAGGCCCCAGAGGACCUGUUGGACCCAGCGGGCCCCCUGGCAAGGAUGGAACAAGCGGACACCCUGGUCCCAUUGGACCACCAGGGCCUCGAGGUAACAGAGGUGAAAGAGGAUCUGAGGGCUCCCCGGGCCACCCAGGACAACCAGGUCCUCCUGGGCCUCCUGGGGCCCCUGGUCCAUGUUGUGGUGGUGCUGGGGUCGCUGCCAUCGCUGGCAUUGGAGGCGAAAAAGCUGGUGGUUUUGCCCCGUAUUAUGGAGAUGAGCCGAUGGAUUUCAAAAUCAACACCGAUGAGAUUAUGACCUCACUCAAAUCAGUCAAUGGACAAAUAGAAAGCCUCAUUAGUCCUGACGGUUCCCGUAAAAACCCCGCUCGGAACUGCAGAGACCUGAAAUUCUGCCAUCCGGAACUCCAGAGUGGAGAAUAUUGGGUUGAUCCUAACCAAGGUUGCAAAUUGGAUGCUAUUAAAGUCUACUGUAACAUGGAAACUGGGGAAACGUGCAUAAAUGCCAGUCCUCUGACUAUCCCACGGAAGAACUGGUGGACAGAUUCUAGUGCUGAGAAGAAACACGUUUGGUUUGGAGAGUCCAUGGAGGGUGGUUUUCAGUUUAGCUAUGGCAAUCCUGAACUUCCCGAAGAUGUCCUUGAUGUCCAGCUGGCGUUCCUCCGACUUCUCUCCAGCCGAGCCUCUCAGAACAUCACAUAUCACUGCAAGAAUAGCAUUGCAUACAUGGAUCAUGCCAGUGGGAAUGUAAAGAAAGCCUUGAGGCUGAUGGGGUCAAACGAAGGUGAAUUCAAGGCUGAAGGAAAUAGCAAAUUCACAUACACAGUUCUGGAGGAUGGUUGCACGAAACACACUGGGGAAUGGGGCAAAACAGUCUUCCAAUAUCAAACACGCAAGGCCGUCAGACUACCUAUCAUAGAUAUUGCACCCUAUGAUGUCGGUGGUCCUGAUCAAGAAUUUGGUGCGGACAUUGGCCCUGUUUGCUUUUUAUAAACCAAACUCUAUCCAAAGUCCCAGAAAAAAGCUUCACACUCCAUAUGUGUUCCUUUUGUUCUAAUCUUGUCAGCCAGUACAAGUGACCAAGUUCCAGUUAUUUAUUUCCAAAAUUUUGGGGAAAAAAGUGUAAUUUGACCAAAAAAGGAUAUUUGUGUUUGCUCUUACACCAAAUACAGUUCAAAUGCUUAUUGUUCUAUUUUUUUACCAAUUUCAAUUUCAAAAUGUCUCAAUGGUGCUAUAAUAAAUAAACUUCAACACUCUUCCAAUAACACUGCGUUACAUUCUUUGAAUCCUAGCCCAUUUUCAGAGCAAUGAUGGUGCUUACCAUUAAAAGAUUACCUUUCUUCUGAAACAGUCAAACAAGAAAUUAGAAAAGAACUUCCUGUUUCAACUACCUCAACCUGGUCAGAAACACAAAUGAAUUCUGUAAGUCCCGGAAGAUGAAAAAAAUUCUUAUAAAAUGCCAAAGCUUAUAAACUUCACUGAUUAAGUUCCUAAAAUAUUGGUUUAAAAAAAAAGUAGAAUGUAGUGCAAGAAUUUAAAGAAAUCGUUUUGAAGCCAUAAUUAAUCUUUGAAUAUCAACUGCUUUUAAAGGUGCUUUUCUUUUUUCUGGUCAUUGCUGGUCAAGUUUACCAAUAUUUGGCAAGUCUUUAAAGACACAUGGUCUGGUGCUAAUGUACUUUCACUUUUAAAACUCUAGGUCAGAAUUGUUGCCUUGCAUUCAAAACAUAGAUGCCACCAUCUGUACUUGUCUCCUGUCAAAAGUGUUUCCUGGUGUAUCACUGCAGGAGACACUUUCCCUGCAUCCUGUGAAAGUCAACAACAACAAAAAACUAAAUAAAGGGGCUGCUUUUGUCACAGUAACACAGAGAAUGUGUUGAAAUUAAACUUUGUAAGCUUGUAUGUGGUUGUUGAUCUUUUUUUCUGACAGACACCCAUAAUAAAAGAUCAUAAUAAAACA